AUGUCUGCUUGGUUUCGGUGGUUUGGCGGAGGGAGCGGCGGAGAAGGCGAGGGUGUGGUGCGACGCUCCCGGGGUCGACGGAUCACACAGCGCCGCGGAGCUAUCAAGCAUCAUAAAAUCCAUGAGGUGAACGGUCAUCGUUUCGUGGCGAAAUUCUUCCGUCAGCCGACCUUCUGCGCGUUUUGUAAGGAGUUCCUGUGGGGCUUCGGGAAGCAGGGAUACAGCUGCGUUGUCUGUCAGACGGCGGUUCACAAGAAAUGCCAUAGCAAACUUUUAGGAAAAUGUCCCGGAUCCUCCGCACAUUCAGAAGCCACGGUGUAUCUACGAGAGCGGUUUAAAGUAGACGUGCCACAUCGUUUCCGCCCGCACCAGUUCAUGUCGCCAACAUUCUGCGAUCACUGUGGUGCUUUGUUGUACGGGUUCUUCAAGCAAGAACUCAAAUGUGAAGGUAUCCUUACAUAG